AUGGAAGAUGGCCAGGGGAAGAAGUUCAGUUGCGGCAAGGGCUACGGCCAUGAACAACGGUACUCUCGGGUCGUGCAUCACGUCAAGAUACAGCUGGCCAAGAACAACACUUCUAUGCAGACCCACGGAUCUCUUCUGAAUGAACGCUUCGGGAGGGCGGGGAUGAAACACCUCAGGGACUGGUUCGUCGCGCAGAAGAAGCAGAAUUACACCAAUGCCACGAAAAAGCAAGGCACGGGCUCGGAAGGAGGCCGUAUUCAGAGGUCUCCCAACGAAUUCCAGCAGCUGAGGGCCCACAUCUCCUCCGGCAACGCUGCUGCGAACAAACGUAAGUUUAUGCGGGAGGUUGUCAGUGUCAAGAACGGGAAGCGCCCCAAGGUCGCGCCUGCAGAUGCCGGUGGUGCCGCUGGUGCCUCGGCUGGUGGCGCCAGCAGUGGUCAGGGUGGGGGAAAGGGGAAGGGGAAACGGCGCAAGAUGGCUACAGCUCACGGCGGAGGUGGCGAAACGAGCGGGGAAUCCCAAGUGCCCUCUCGUGACGACGCUGCCGGGGAAGUCAGCGGUGUCAGCGGCGGGGGGGGAAAGAAAAGUCGUGGGAAGGCAGCGCCGGUGGCGGUGGAGGAGGAUGCCGAGAGGGAACCCCCGAUGGAAACAGGCGGAGCAGGAGGACGUGACUGGCCCUCCUCGGAAUCGGAGGACCAAGAUGAACUGCACAGCCGAGGGGGGGCUAGGGGAGAGGGCGGUAUGUCUGACGGCGACUUGGAAGACGCGGCUGACGACAGCUCACCAGACGUGUUGGAAGUAAAGCGUGAGGGUCGCCGCAGGAAAUCUGGAAAGUUCGAUCCGAAGAGUUUCCAGCUCGAGGCAAGGAAGGAGAGCGACGCACGUAACAAAGCGUUCACGGCCACCAUGCUGCAAGGUGUAGGAAUGAUCAUCGGCGGGCGUGGGCAGAAAGACGGGUCAUGCGCCGCCGAUUGUGCCGGUGGUGCGUCUGGCGUGGAUCGGGGAAAGAUGGAAACAGCCGAGAAAUCAGUUUCCCUACUCAGAAACAGUUGGCAGGACUCGAUUUUUGGCCGCGAAGGGAGGGUGUACGGCAAUUUGGACGAAGUGAAGGAAGCGUACCAGCUAUAA